GGUAAUGGAACUAGUUGGUUUGAGAAGGUAUACUAGAAUGUCUCUUGCACUGUGUUUGGUCUUUCACUGCUUGAACCCCCAGAUUCUGUGGCUGAAACCCUCUGAUGGCCAGAUUGUUUGACUGAAUAGGUGGAACAAGGCUGCUAAAGGGCCAGGACGGGUCGCUGUCCCAUCCGCCUUAGAAUCAUAGGGUUAGAAGGGACCAUAAGGCUCAUCUACUCUAACUCCUGAUCUAACUUCCUUGAAUUCUGUCAGGAUCAGCAUAAGGAGACAAGGGAGGAGCAAACUAGCAUGAAGGUGGGGGCCAAGUGGUAAUCUGCCAGUGCUGCCUUACUUCUUCUCAGCAGUCUGGGCAAAGAGUGGCCAGUAUCCCUAAUUUAUAUUACGUGCUGUUUAAUCCAUAGUAGCUGGCUAAUACAAUCCCAGAUUCAAUCACAGAUGGGCUGGACGUAUUGACGGUUGUAGCAUUUAUUUAUAUUAUAGUAGCAUCCAAAAGCCCUAAUCACAAUCGAGGUAUGUUGUGCUAGGUGUUGUAUAAACAUGUGGGGAGAGACCACCCCUACUAAGUAAUUAAAGACAAGAUGCAACAAGUGAGUAAAAUAUAGUAGAAAGGCUCACAUGCUUACAUAGACUAGCUAGUGCUCAACUGGAGAGUUCCUGAUCAUUCUGAUAAUGUCUUCAUAUCAGUAUAUGUAAUAUCCGCAAUCCCCAGUGAUCCGCUAACUAGACAUGGAUUUGGAGGAGGAAAGGGCAGUGGUAUUAUGGACCGGUUCGGGGGCCGAGCUCCAAGCAUGAGGUAGUAUAGAAGAAAGCACAAAGAUGGUUCUAAGAGAUGUGGACGAACAGGUGGCUGAGGCAGAUGUUAUUAGCAAAGCAGAGUCGAUGGGAGCAGUGCGGUAAGAUACAAGUGGGGAUAGAUAGGGGGGAAUGGAUACUUAGUUCAGCUUUAGGAUGAUUGUGUUAGGGCAGUGGCUGUGCUUUUUGGAUCUGACGUCACGUACAAAGUGCUUCCCAUUUUGACAACUAAGAUGAGUUUGACUGAAGACUAAGGAGUCCUAGGAGACACAAACUAUUAAUUCACAAUUCCUAGCAUAUUGAGCACUCCAUCUUUCUCCAGGACUCCUAGCAGAGCCAGCUAAGGUGUUGGGUCUGUUGGACUGAGCCUUACUGCCCUGCCCAGCUGCAGUAUCUCCGGGAACAGUGACUGUUGUGUGUUGGCUCAAGAUCUAAUGCUACUGAGAGCCAUGGGAUUGCUCCACAGUUUCUGGUUCCAUUUAUGUUAAGUGGGGGCUCUUUGAUUCUGAGCUUUCUGGUGAAACUUAAUAUAAGUGCUGUUGUGAUUACAGUUGUGAAAAUCAGAUCUUUGCUACCUGCAGGCUGUAGGCAAGACCAUUCCCAUCAGGGUGUGCAAAAGGGGCUGAGUCUAAAGAUGAAUAGAUCUUAUUAGUUCCAGAGCUCUGAGGGAUGCUGCUGCCUGCCCACUGUAUUGGAGAAAUAACCAUUUUAGUCCAUGGCCAUAGACACAUUGGCCCCAUGCUGUUCAAGGUCAGCAGUGGGCUAUAGAUGACCUGCUAGAGGUUGAAGAAACAGUAAAGACAUGUGGGCAUCUUGGAAGAGAAAUUGGGGUGGAAAGGGAGGAACUUGGUGGUCUAUACAGUGUGGGGGGGAAAGGAAGGCUACAGGGAGGAGACGUGGCAAGGGAAGAAGAGCUGUGAGCUGGUCAGACAGGACCUGCACCCUGACUGGCCUUGUAAAAUCAAGAACCAACAGUGCUCUGGAGGCUUGUAAACAGUUUAGCAAAUUGGACCCACAGGGUUAAAUUUCUGCUGUUCUGGGGCUACCCCUCUGAUUUCUAGCCCCCUCCUGUUGUGAGAAUGUCAGUGGAGCACCGGAGGCAGGUGGGAUCCUUCCUACCUGAAGUUGCUGAGCAGGCAGGUGUGCUGGCCUUCUACCCUUGCACUGGCUUCCCAGCUCUGUUCUUUCACUCUGUGGCUGGCUCUCAGAGAGCAGAAGAAGCAGAACGGUGGUUCCGUGAAGCUGGGGCUCUGGCUUGCUGCCUCCCUGCAGCCAUGCACUCCCUCGUGUUCCUCUGUGCACAGAAAGUGGUUUCCCAUCACUCCACAGUGCACGGUGCCUUGGAGUUCAUCCCAAAGGAGUUGUAUCCAGUCUUGUUCAAAGCAGCUUUCAUGAACAAGAAGACCCUCGUGCUGCAAGAUCUGGUGCAGACAUGGCCUUUCCCAGUACUGAGUUUCCAGAAGCUUUUGCGGAAGUGUCAGCACUGUGACCGUGCUCUGCUCCAGGAAAAGCCCAACAAGCUAUGUGUGCAGACUGUCAUCCUGGGAGUGGUGGCCUACUUGAAUGAGGCUCUCGAAGACAGACUCCACAGCCAAAGCAAGAGGCAGCGCCUGCAGGUUCUGGACAUGACGGGGCUUCAGGAUGAUGGAAUAGACCAGGGCCCAGAAAGCAUGAGCCUGUGGUCCAGGACAGUGACCCUGGCGAAAGCCUGCAUCGACAUUUCCAAACACCAGAGCAAGUGCACGAAGCGCACCCCAAAGCGGAGGAAGGGCCCCUACAGCAGCUCGGUGGCUCUGCUGCCACCACAGCCUGUGUCUGUGGAAGUCCACGUGGAUCUUUUUGUGAACAGCACCUCUUAUGGAGUCCUUAAAGAUGCCUUGCAGAAUAAUGCCAACAGCAUGCUGCGGCUGAAGUGCCGGGACUUCCGGGCUGAGGAGCUGCCCAUUGCAAGUACCGUGGGGCUCCUGGAGUUCCUGGAUCCCACGGGUGUUCGGCAGGUGGAUUUGAGAUUCAAUAACCUGGGGCUGUCUGGCCUGAGGGUGAUUCUCCCGCACAUGGCCAAAUUCACCAAUCUGGUCAGCCUGAAGCUGCCCUACAGCAACAUUGAUGUAAGACGGCUCUCAGCGGGGAUGGAAGGAAGCCUCCACUACUUCGCCACCCAGCUCAGUAGAUUGUCCUGUCUCAAGGAGCUGAAUUUGGGCUCCUCCAGGCUUUCCGGAAAACUAAGGCAACUGCUGGGCGAUUUGCAGGGUCCCUUGGAAAGCCUGGAGCUGGCCUUCUGCUACCUGCUCCCCAAUGACCUCGCCUAUCUUUCCCAAAGUCUCCAUACCCCCACCCUGAAGAAGCUGGACCUCAGCGGCAACAACUUGUCUGACUCGCUUCUCCAGCCCUUCCAGCAUCUCCUAGAAGAGGCCUCCUCAUCCCUGCUCCACCUGGACAUCAUGGAGUGUCGCCUGAUGGAUAUCCAUCUGGAGUCGCUUCUCCCCGCCCUGUGCCGCUGCUCUCAACUUCGCUACCUGGGGGUGUUUGGCAACCCCCUCUCUACGCGGGGGCUGAAGAACUUGCUGCAGAGGACCAUGGGCCUAUUGUACUUGCAGCUCGUCAUUUACCCCUACCCUGUGGAUUGCUACAGUGAGAACCUGCCAUGGCCCCCCACCUCCUCUAACCUCUUGAAUGGUUCUGUGGAUGAAGAGAAGUUUUCCAGGGUGAGUGCUGAGCUGCAACAGAUGCUGCUGACUGCCAGCAGGACCGAUGCCAUCUGGACCACGAACUUAUGCAGGCACAAUACCUUAGAUUAUUUUAAUUUGUAGCUCACCAGGAAUGCAAAACUAAGGAGAAAACAAACUGAUCAGGCUGAUCAUUUUUAAUGCCCCUUCAAAGCUGAGCGGUUCAGUGGACACAGCAACAACAUGUUUAUACACGUUUUUAACAGCAUCUGUUUAGUGCAUGAAUUCAAAUGGAAGUUCUCUUCUCCCCUUCUGCACCUCCAUUCAGUAAAGCUGAGAUUAAAGCUGCCAGGCUCUAUGCCUCUUUAUCCAUGGCUUAUCCCAGAUAGUGCCGUUGCUAUCCUGUCUUGCUGUGCCUGCGACCCUCUUACCGCAUGUAGCUUCUUACGUGCCCCUCACAUGACUCUAGUGUAGCCCUGCAGAAUUCUUAGCAAAGUGUACUAGCCACAGUACAAAUGCAGCAGCCCAACAAUUAGAAGGCCCUUCUCAAAACACCAAUCUGUUCCUAGCUUCUGAGCAGUCUGCUCCUCUUUCCCUGCAUGGAUUAUCUCAUCUGAAAACCCCUCUCUCCACCUCUCUUCUAAUGUAUCCCAUCAUUCUCUCACACGUGUGCAGAGGGCUUAGAAAUUUUACCAGUCAUGUAGCAGCCAGAGCACUAAACCCACUAGCCAGACAGAUGUGAAAGGUGGGGAGACCUAUAUUUAGGGACAACUCUACUAUAUUCCCGCUCGGCUGCUGCAAGUGAGGUAUCUUGGGUUACUCUCUCCUUCCCCCAGCCUUCACUUUGGAGUCCUCCUGUGAACUGAAUAUUUCCUCCAACUCUGCUGUUGCAUGGAACUUUCCUAAGAUUCAACAAAAUAAAAUUGGCCCAGUUCUUAUCCAUUUCACAGCUGCUUGCAGAGUAUAGUAGUGGUGAGACUGACAACACCGCUGUCGGUUUUCACUGCUGCGGGUGCGUGGAAGAUCUGAGUACGAGCAGAGGCAUUGGCGUGGUAUGCAGACUGACUGUUUACACUCUGCUUGUAUGCAGAAAGCUUCUUCACAACAGAGAAGGCUAGAAACUUACUUUUUUUUUUUUUUUUUUAAAUGAGAGAUCCUGCAGAAGAUGAUUCAUGCUCCCUGGUAUACUUCCCAGCAUGGGCAUGUGGAGUUUUUCAGCUUGGUGUAGGGGCUGAGUCUCCCUUCCCCUUCCCUACACUCUCACUUCUUCUCCGUUUGAAGAAUACUUUCUCUGGAAAGCCUCGUUACCUGGCCGAAGUAGGUAGUGUUACAGUCACAGCCAAGGCUGAAGUCCUGUUCUCUCCACUGAGACCCACUUCUCCUCUAAACAUUUUGUCCUCCUCUCCCUAACUUAUCUCUCUGGCUUGGCACACACCCAGUACUUCAUCUCCCUGGUCGAUCUAUCCACUCGCUCCAACCUCUAUGGGGACAGCUUUUGCUGAUCCCUCUUGGCUUCUUCUCCAUUCAGCUUCUGGUCUCCUAUUGCCUUGAAUAUCAGACUUUUGGUGUAAAAGCCCCUUUGCUUGGAACUCAAACUAGAACUUUUACUAAGUACUACAAAACAUCCAAUAGGGAACGAUCCUGUAUUAGCUGAGAGGGACAUAAUAGAUCUCUUCCAUCUACCUUAUGCUCUCGGCUUCUGCACACCAUUCCAUACUCAAGCCGUGCAGCUAUCCAGUUCCCUUAUGGGGUGGGUUUGUUGCUACCUGUCUAACUUAUGUCUGGUACUGGCUUCUUUUUUCCCUCAUUUGUAAAAUCCCACAAGGUUACUUUCAUGGCCCUCUGCCCUGUCUACCUGCAUAGUCAUCUUAUCACUCCCUUCUAGCUUUAACUCAGGCUGAUUAUACUCUGCUGCACAUAACUUGACACCAUCGACGAUCCCUCUCUUGACCAGUUAAACUUCUGGGCUCAUUUAAACUCCCAUCAGCUUAAAGUCUUCAAGCCCCACCUGUUUCUCUUGGGCAGGAGGACCUCCCUCCCAUCCAACUCCAUUUCCCUUCUUGACACACACUUGUGGUUUGCUUCUGCUAUAUGUAACUUUAGCAUCGGACUCUGAACUCUCCUCUCCUUCCCACGUCCUCUAUGGCUGCAUAUUUGCUUAGAUAAACUUCUUUGUUCUGGCCACUUGGAGGGAAUAAUCGUGCCCAAUGGGGGGUUAAUUUUGUGUAAGACUGCCCAGCUAAGGGACUUUGAAAGCUAGUAACUCAUUCCUUCAGCACAUUACCCUUGUCAGUUUUACCUGGGCUGCCCCUCUGCUUAAAUUCUUCUGUUACUUUAGCCAGUGAAUGCAGCCCCUCUCCAAAAUCCACUCACAUCUGUAUAUAUCCUGUUUAUCAACCCCAUCCUCAAACAACUCCACUAGAUCCUUGAGCGUUCAAGAUCCAUUUAAAAAUAUACUUUGUACUAACCUUACCCGGCCACUUUAUCUCACAAUACUCCCCCUUCCCUGCCUGUGUAAAGCUGGCUGCCUCUCUGGCCCUUCACACAGUCUCCAUACUCCAAUCUCUCUUCAGAUGAAAAGACACUUUAUCUUGUAGAGUGUCUAUGACCUGGGGACUUUCUCACUGGAACAACUCUUUAACUAGCUGCCCUUUGGCAGAGGUCACUCUGCUGCUGGACACACUUGGUUGAAUCAAGACUGUCUUGGAGCCACUGUCUCUUUCUACCACCCCCCUCUGUCCCAGUGACGUGGAAAACAAGCACAAUGUCGCAUUCACAGUGAUGACAUUGCUGCAGGAGCUGCUAGCAACACUGUGUGAGCGCAAAGCCCUGGUUUCAAUAACCGCGCUUUGGCCAUUAGAAUCAUAGACAUGUAGGGCUGGAAGGGACCUUGGGAAAUCAAGUCCAGUCCCCUGCACUGUGGCAGGACCAAGUAAACCUAGACCAUCCCUGACAGGUGUAUGUCCAACCUGUGUUUAAAAUCUUCCAAUGAUGGGGGAUUUUAACAACCUCCCUUGGAAGCCUGUUCUAGAGCUUACCUCUAGAGUUAAGUGAGAGUUAGAUUUUCCCAGUAUCUCACCUAAAUCUGCCUUGCUGCAGAUUAGGCCCAUUACUUCUUGUCCUACCUUCAGUGGACAUGGAGAACACCUGUUCCCCAUCCUUUUUAUAGCCACCUUUAACAUAUUUGAAGACUGGUAUCAGGUCCCCCAUCAGUCUGCUUUUCUCAAAACUAAACAUUUUAUUUAUUUAACCUUUCUUUUUACCUCAGGCUUUCUAAACCUUUGGUCAUUUUUGUUGCUCUCCUCUGGACGCUCUCCACGUUGUCCCCAUCUUUCCUGAAGUGUGGUGCCCAGACCUGGACACAGUAGUCCAAGUGUUACUAUGUGUGGGGCGAAUAAAGUGAGAAGAGAUUAGUGUUUGAAGGCGAUGGGUGGCAGGCUGGCUCCCUCUUCCCUAACUCCCCUAGCAGUGUGCCCUGAGCCCCAGGGGGUCUCCAGAGCUCUUAACCCUUUAGAGGGGGGAAGUCACCUUUGAGGGUAUGCUGCUAGUCUUGUCUAUCUACUCAAGCUGGGAAGCAUGCUCCCAGCUCUGGUGCAGGUGUAUCCUAAGUGUGUCUUCCUCCCUGUAUGUCAGCUCCCAUCCCCUCCUCCUCCUCCCACCCUUGGCCUUGCCCGCCCACCCCUCCCUCCUUCAUCUCCUCCUGCUUACUUCUCCACACCCUUUCAUGCUGCCCCCUAAGCCUAGAACAGUCCCCAUUAUUGACUCCCCUCAAAUCUGACAUCUUUGGGCACCUCCAGUCACUCAUCAUCUCUGCAGCCCCCUCUAUUCCUGUCCUCAUGCCUGCUCGUAAGAGAUGAAGCUCACUCUCUUGCCUAGCAAUUUGCCCUGUCCCCUCUGGUCUGUCUUUUCAUCAUGUCUAUUUCAGAUCCAUGGAGCAGGCACUUUUUGUGGCUGUGCACAUCAAUUGUACUAGACCCCUCUACAGCGAUUAAAUAAUCUUUUUCAUUCCCUUUCCGUCAUGGACUACUAUGAGCUUCUCACUCUAGCCGAAGGCAGUGGUGGCUACUGAUGGUUCAACCAGUGUUUUAUUUUUGGAAAUGAUCUUGCAUUUGUACAGCACCCUCUCAGCUAGAAAGAUCUCACGAUGUUUUGCCAACUACAUAUGAGAGAUUGUCUCAUCUGUUGAUGACAUGCAGCCACCUCUGGGGUGAAACACAUUCAACAAUGCAACAACAUGUUAGGACACAAGCAAAGAAUGCUGUGUCCAUUUAAAUCAGAGGAGGGGAUUCAGGGAGGCAGAAAGUAAUUGCAGGAGGUGGAAUUUGAUCAGUACACUGGUGUUUUGACAUUUGGAGAAAGCACUGUGAGAACUCAGCAGGAUCCUGGUUUUAUGUGUCCUUGGAAAAGGGAUUGCCAUAUUUCCAGCUGCGAGUGAAGUCUACAAUAGCCAACUUCUCCAACCACUGAAAUGGUAGGAGGGAACUAGCCCUUCGCAUCUCAAACAGGUGGGUCAGGGUAGAAGAGAGAUUCUUCACAUCCGCAGAUCAUUGCCGGAGAAACCAGGCAAGCUACUAUUUCAAGUCUUAGUCCAAGGGGCCAAACGUUCAAAUAGUAACAUGCUGUAUCCAUUCAAAACCAAACAGCAAAGCAUACCCUGCCCCAUGAUGCCCUAUGGGACACUCUCCCAAUCUGAUCUUUCCAGAGGAUGUUUGGGGGCUUUGCCUGUAGGUUGCAGUCAUGAUCAUGAGAUCAAACUGGAUUGCAGUGGAGAACAGUCUGAAGAGCAAUUUCUUUGGGACUUGUUAAUCCACAGCAAAGGGAAAGUUUGCUGUCCAAAGCAAAGCUGUACUGAUAUUAACAUACCAUGCUCGACAUGACUCCCCUGAAAGGGUUAGCUUCCAUAAGGCAGAAGCUGCCAACAACAGUUGUCUCACUUCUUUUCUUUUUGGGACACCAUCAACCAAUGGGAGUAUGUUCAGAUGAUGUAAUAGCUUCUAACUUGUGUGUCAUUGAUUGAAAGUGUUUGUUGCUCGCUAUUAUCCUGGAGAGUUAUAGGGGUGGAGUUGGACAGAGAUUCUCCCUUUCUUAUCCAGUUCAGCCAAACUCAUUAAAUGCCGGACUUGUUUCUCUAA